UUGAGCUCAAGUAUCUAUUGGCGAAAAUAAAGUUUGAAAAUAUCAAGUUUUGAGAAAUUUUACAGACAGCCAAACGAACAGUCAGAUCAAUACUAUAAAAUUAUAAAACAUUUUGUUACGCUGCACUGUUUCAUUAUAAUUUAUUAUUAACUAUAUUAUAACAUUUUUUUUUACUUGUUUCUACAUUUGUAAUCUUAUUCUAUUGCUUUAUCUAAAACAAAACAUUUCAUCUAAAUUUGGUUUCCAUAUAUAUAUUUCAAUAUUACAAAGCCUGGACAAAAAGUUCGUGCAGUGACUUUACAACAAAUUUAAUUUUAAUUAUUCUCCGGAACGGGAACGGUCAUCCUCAAAAUACUCUAUAUUCGACUAAAUGCAUUUGACUUAACGUUUCUUUCAUUGUUAAAAACAGUGUUACGUGUUCUUUGAAAUUAGGCCCUUCAGAAGCCUCAUCGUUUCACAUUUGAUACUCUUUACAACCCAAAAUAUUUACCUUGCGUAAUCGUUUUUACUUUAGAGAAUUAUAACAUAAAAAAUCACAGAAGACUAAAUUGGGCGAGUAAGGAGGAAUUAUCUUAUUUAUAGCGAUAAACUCGUGCACAAUGAGUACCGAGUAUGCGGGUGCAUCGUCAUAAUGCAGGAUCCAGUUCUUUUCCAAUCAUAAUUCAGGUCGUGACACAUCGCACACGUUUACACAAAUGUUUCAAAACUUCUACAUAAAAUGCAGCAUUAACUGUUUGACUUUGUAGAACAAAAUAACGGAAUGUAAUGCGGCAUAUAUGAGUCAGGCGCGGUUGACGGUGCGCAGUAAAUAAUAAGUAAUAUUUGGUGUUAAACUUAAUUUCUGCCGUUUUCUCGUUUAUAAAAUCGAUUUGUUUUGAAGGGAAGAUGAAUGAAUAUCUUAAUCAAAGUAAUUUCCUUCACUUUCUACUACUUUUUUCCAUCUCUCCGACAACAGGGCAAUCCCACGACGGCAGAACGCGGUGUCUUUUGAGGCGAACCAUUCAUCCACCUAUUUUUGGACUUUGUUGUAACUGGAGAAGUGUAUGUCCGUAAGCGUGUGUUGCAUCGAUCGGAGAGAGAUGGUAAUCCGACAAUGCUAAGUUUGAAGAGUACGCUGUGUGCGGCAGAACUUCCCAUUCAAGUUUGCGAAGUACCUGCUUCACACUGUUUGCGACAUGCAGUCGAGCGUUAUCAUACAACAAAAUGACUGCAUCGAUUGUUGACUACGGAUGAUCUUUUUUGUAUCAAUACGUCACUCACUCGAUAUAAUUGCUGUUGGUAGCAAUCAGCUGUAACGGUUUCAUUUGGACCCAAGAGUUCGUAAUACACCACACUUUUCUGGUCCUAUCAAACGCACAGCAAAGUCUUAUGCCCGUAAAUAUUCCUCUUUGCCGUUGAAGCGGAUGCCGAGGUCCACCCAUGAUUUUUUCUCCUUGGGAUUAUCGAAAUAAAUCCAUUUUUUAUUGCCAGUCACGAUGCGCCACAAAAAACUCUUUUUUCUCUGGCAAGCAAAGAAGUCGCAAUAGUCAAACGAUUCAAAAUGGGAUUUUCUGACAACUCAUGUGGUAGCCAUUUCUCUUUCUUUUGAAUCUUUUCCAUGGCAUGCAAGCGUGUUGAGACGGCCAGCGGAGUAACAUUUAACUGUUCUAACAACUUUAAAAGCGUUUGGGCUGGAUUCUCAUCGAGCAAUUCUUGCAGCUUGAAUCUUCUUGAAAAUUUUUUUGGCUGUCCUGGACGUUCUUUGUCUCUUAUAUCAAAAUCACCGUUUCUGAAGCGUUUAAACCAAACUACAUGUUCUUCCAAUGGAGUUUCAUCACUUCAGAUAAUAAGCGAUGCGUUUCAGCUGCAGUUUUCUUGAGGUUGAAGUAGUAAAGAAGCACAUGUCGGAAAAAUAGCUUGUCGCGAUUUAUUUUCAGUCGAUUGGAAAAUGUCUUUGGCGUCGAGAAUUCUAAUCUAUGAGGAUUGAAUCACUUUCAGCGAUGUCUAAACUACAAAAGACAUAUGACUUUAUUGUUGAAACUCGCCAGCGUUGGAGCCAGCACCCUCUAGUAGCAAGCGGCAGGAAUUAAGUUUAACACCUAAUAUAUUUACAUGAGUCUUUAUUAAUCACUGAAACAAAAUCAAACGGAUCAUUUUUCGAAUAUAAAAAAAAUGCAAUAAGCAUGAUUUUAAUUUUCGAAUGACUUUUGCGCGUUUGUUGCAAGACUCGCCAAUCUGCUUCUUGUUUUUUUGUUUUCGGAUUAUACUACCACCCGCUUUUCAACCGCACAAAAAACUGCAUUCACAAUACUUGCACAGAAAAAUACUCGCUUAAUUGUAACCAAACUUUCACUUAUAAGGCUUUCCCCUAGACGUCAAACCAGCAUAGAAAUCUACACUAUUGUUACAUUGAAAAAAGUUUAGUGCACGAACUUUUUAUCUAUAUUUCUUAUUAAAAUAUUAAAAUAUUAAUUAUUUGUAUUGUGGUGAAAAAUAUCUUACAAUUGAUCAGAAUUGGACACUUUUUCUGGAUUACUAGUUUUAAAUUGUCUAAUAGUUAAUAGUACUUGUCAAAAUUAGUCGUUUAGACACUAGGAAGCAAUUCAAAAUAAAUUAUUCUUUUGCAAUUUUUUAAAUUAGUUUGAUAUUCAAUCAAUUUUUGCUGUUUUUUUUUACUAUUACUUGAAAUAUGUAAACAAACUAUGAAACUCGAGCGCUAGUCACUGGGUAGGGAAAACCGAACGUGUUCUUGCAAGUGCACGAACUUGCCAUUUUGUCUGAUUUAUUCGCAAUUAAGUAUAGUGUCUUUAUAAAAUAUUUUGUAUUUUUAAUGUUAAAGCAUGAUGUAUAAUACUAUAUCAUCGAUAUAUGUAGUAUAGAGUCCUAUCCCAUGAAUGAUUGCGAAACGUUAUGCGUUUUCCGAUUUAAAACUCUUGGCUACUUGCCGCGACCAUAUGGAAGUCGUGACGUCAUAAGCGAGAAAUUAUACAUAAAAAUUUCCGUCGUAACAUUUGUAAAUAAAGAGAAUAAAACAGAAUAAUGAGAUUGCUUUAAAACACUUUUAAAAAUGGGCCUUGACUAUUUUUUUUUGCCUAAUAUUUAAUAAAUAGUCGUAAAAACACUUAGAGUAAAGCCUAUUCAGACAAGAAAACACAAGUCAACUGUUGAAAGAAGUGAAAAAUAUGCUUUUAUGUAUAAAAUUUAAAGAAAUUUUACUUGCAACCCAUUUUUACGAAUUUAAUAAAUAUGAGACAAGUGACAUUUUCACAAUAAAACACAUAACAACGAAAUGACAUGCAAGAUAAAAUUUCAACGUUAAUCUGUCACGUUUUACGCCUAUUAGUUCUAAUUUUGUCCGCAACGGUACGUCGUCACCGUCAACAUGGAUUUCUCGGCUGACGAGUCAGGAGUCUUAAACGCAAUUUUCUAUGCGUUAUUAUCACUUAAUGUAACUUUUAGCACCGCAUUCUUGGCUUCAAACAUGGUAGAAAUAUAAAGGUAUACUUUUUCUGGGUACGAGUAUUAAAAACCCUACUGUGCAUUACAUCUUGCAUCUUGAUUACGUCAUAUUCAUGCAAAUUUGGUACUUUUUGGAGCACUUGGAGUUAAACAUAUGGUUGUCUGUUACCGAAAGCGUGAUAUUGUUAUUAUUAGGAAGCUUAGAUAUUUGACAGUGACAUAUAGUAUAUUUCUUGAAAAGUAUGAGUGCUUGUGAAGUAGAAGGCCAACUGCGUCAACUCAUUCAGAAAAACAGCUAAAAUUAAAGAUCUUGUGAUUAAAUAUUUUAUAUUUUUGAAAGACGCAAGGUUUGACUGAAGCGUGACGUAAAGUGUGCAGAGAUGGAAUAAAUGUGAUGAAUGGGGCAUGACAAUUACAUCGGGGAAUAUUAUGAUACAAAAAGAUACUAGUAAUUUAAUCGGUAUAAGUAUCGGUGGUGGUGCACCACUUUGUCCAUGCCUUUACAUUGUACAAAUUUUCGACAAUACGCCUGUCGCUUUGGACGGUACUCUUCAAGCAGGCGACGAACUCGUUGCAGUGAACGGAGCGUCAGUAAAGGGCAAAACUAAAGUGGAAGUUGCAAAAAUGAUACAGUCUUGUGAUUCGCAAGUCAGCAUUAAUUACAAUAAAUUACAUGCUGAUCCAAAACAAGGCCGCACACUCGAUAUUGCUCUCAAAAAGGUGAAGCAUAGGCUAGUCGAAGGAAUGGGUAGUACCACGGCUGACGCACUUGGGCUGUCACGAGCCAUUCUUUGUAACGAUGCCCUCGUGCAAAGAUUGAUGAUGUUAAAACGCACGGAAAAUUUCUACAGAGGUCUUGUCACACACGCCAAAGCUACAUUACACGCUUUCUUCGAUCUGAUACAAAUUUACAAAGUAUUUGGAGAUGCUUUUGCCGCCAUAGGAGUGCGAGAGCCACAACCACGCGCCAGUGAAGCUUUCAGACAAUUUGGCGAGCAGCAUAGACAAAUGGAAAAAUUCGGAAUGAUAAUGUUGAAGACUUUGAAACCAAUAUUGAGUGACCUAGGAACAUAUCUUAAUAAGGCGAUACCAGAUACACGAUUGACUAUCAGUAAAUACGCGGACGCGAAAUUCGAAUAUCUAUCCUACUGUUUGAAGGUGAAAGAAUUGGAUGACGAGGAACAAAGUUGCGCCGCGCUGCAAGAACCUCUUUAUCGCGUAGAAACAGGCAAUUACGAGUAUCGUUUGGUGCUAAGGUGUCGACAGGAGGCUCGCGCGAAGUUCGCGAAGCUUCGCUCAGACGUGCUUGUGAAGCUUGAAUUAUUAGACAACAAGCACGUUCAGGAUGUUGUGUGGCAGCUGCACAAAUUCGCGGCAGGUUUGGCCACAUAUUACGCCAAUACGCGUGAUCUGUUGUCGACAGUGACGUUAUUCCCGGUUGAAGUCGACUUGUCACAUUCCGCGUUUCAGUAUAAAUCCACCGGGCCGCAAACAUUAACGAGCGAGGAUAUCGAUGACUACGAAUCUGAAGAGAAACAGCACAGCAUAAAUGAAGAACUUCUCAUCGAUACAUCAAACUUCCCGCCAGAUUCGAUCGAUAAUACGUAGCAACACUUAUUAAGUUUCUAAAGAAUUUUGAGAGAAAUAAUUUUUGUUACGACCUGCAUACACAUACAUAAAAGCUUAAUAAUUUAAGCUUUAAUUUAAUUUUCGCUUUUAGUGCAACUGUGAUUAUAGAUUUAAAAUAAGAUACGCGCAUGCACAUUAUGUACAUACAUUAAGGUGCAAUUACAUGCAAGUGUCAAGUGGAGUUGCGCAAAAGAUUAUUGCGCAGCUUUUCUUGCCGUUGGAAUUUGAACGUUCAGAUUCCAGCUUCUUGACACUAUAAAGUAACUAGAGAGGUUACGUUUUGACGUACAGUCGUGUUCAUUAUAGUUGCGACACUUUUUCUUAGAUGCGUCUCUGAACACGCAACUAUAACAAGAGCUGAGAACAUAAUUGAUUCUUACUUGUGGAUCCAACCAAUUACGUUCGCCGCUUGAUGAGCAAGGCUACAUUCCAAAAACCAUUGAAGAAAAAGUGUUGCAACUAUAAAGCCUGUACUUUUUAGCUGAACUGAUUGCACUAAUUCACAGUUUAUCUUCUUCCAUUCACGUUAAAAGAAGAAAGAUAAACUUUAAACUAAUGCAGCCAGUUUAGCUAAAAAGAACGCUGGACGCGUUCACGAUGGACGCUCACGCACUGUAAGCAUCAUUUCAUCUUGUUUACAAAUAUUAAACAAGAAUAAAUGAUGCUCACAAACGUUGUUGUGAGCGCCAAAGCGAACGCAGCUAUAGUACAUACGUCAACAUACUUUAUUUGACAGUUCAUUAUGGUAUUAUGUGCCGUUUCUGAACAAAUGAAUUUUAGGCGCUACAAUUAGACGAUUUUAAUAAUUUAUAAUUUGAAAAUUAUUAUAUCCUCGACAUUUCCGUAUUAGGAUUUUCAACUUAGAAUAUUUCAAAGAAUUCGCUCAUAAAAAAACCUUUGCUAAUUCUGGGACAGCCUAUUCAUAUAUACAGGGUGAUUAUUAAUGGUUGAAACAACUUUUUAUCAUAGAAGCUUGACUUACCGACACAUUUGUAAUUUCUAAUAUUAUAUUUUAGGGGAAAGUAGGUAAAUUGCACGCAUCUAAGGGAAAUUUAUUGCAGUGGAGUGAUUUUCGAAGUUGAAAUCGAUACUAGUACAGAAAUAGAAACUUUAAACAUUUUUUUAUCAUUAUGUAUUGUCAUAUUGAACAAUUUUUUAUUUGGUAAUGCUAUUUGCUAUAUUCAGCAAAAAGAAGCAAGUGAAUAAACGAAAAAAUUUCUCGGGUCUUGGGUAAUUGUACGUGCGGUGGGAUAAAUGUACGCGGAGGAAAAAUGAGGUUAUAGCCCAUUCUUUUAGCUGUACUACAUGCACUACAUUGUACUAGUAGCACUAUAGUUGGUCUCACGUAGUCUCACACCUUUCAAGAUGGAUACGUAAAAUUAUCCACUGCGGACUUGAUUUGAUAAAAAAACAAUUACUCAGUGACUAUUUAAUAAAAUUUAACAAACAAUAGCUCAUAAAACGCACAAAAAAACGUACUUUUAUUAGGUAUAGAAAGAUUAAAUGAAUAAAUUAAAAAUACGGACUUAUUGCCUUAUUUUCUGAACGCCGAAAUUGCAACAAAAUGAUUUUACUUUUUCUUACUUUUUCAAUUAAUUACGUGUUUAAAUGAUAUAAUGUAUGGUUGUAUAUUAAAAAAAUACCUUUAGCUUACAAAUAAUGUCGUGGUAUAAUCUCUAUUCAUCGGGAAGAUCACAAACCACGAAGCGUACAAUUAUCCAGUGCGUACAAUAACUUUACUUUUCCCUAUUAGAAAUACAAAUCAGUAAGGUAUGCUCCUAUAGUAAAAAGUUGUUCCAACAAUUAAUAAUCAGCCUGUAUAAUUAAAAAUUUAUAAAAAAUAUAUUCCAAUAUUCUGUACACAGAACAUUAACUAUAGAUUUUCAAUAUUGGCAAUGAAUAUUGGAAUACGGCCUCAGUAAACUCAUUAAACAUUAUUGCGCACGCUCGACGCUUGAUGCUUCCAUGUAAAGACACCUUUAGAUAAGUCUAGUGUAGAACGCGAAAAAGUUUGCUUAUUUUUUAGAAUUUUUUUUAAAAGAAAACUGCAUAUAUUUUUCUACACUUUUACAAAUGCAUUUGUACAUAUGUAGAAAAUAUAGACAUUUAGCAAUAUUAAAAUACAAAUUUGAUAUGAUUAAAUAAUUUCUCAGAAAUUACUUUAGCUAUCGACUUCAAUUUUUACGUGUGUAAAAUACAUAUCUGCUUAGCAUACAAAGGAUUGCUACAUCUAUAAAUUAACUAGUUUUUCAUACAUGUUAAAUUCAAUCAAUUUUGUUAAAAAAUCGAUAAUUUUUUUUUUUUAAGUGAUAUGUAUUUUACAUACAUACAAAAACUGAAACAAAUCAGCUUAUUUUUGAGAAAUCAUAUAUUUAUUUUUUAAUUUACAUAAUAUAAAAAAUAAUAAACAUUCAACCAUAUGAAAAUUCGUAGAUAUUUCAAUAUUUACAGGUAGAUGUAUAGAAGAAUAUGUGCAAUAGUUUUAUUUUAAAAAAUUUCUAAAAAUUAAUUACUUUUACGUUUUAGAUUAGAUUUUAAUGUACAUUUACGAAAAUAAAAUUAUUACCCAAGUUAUUAUUUAAAAUAAGACAUGAAAAUAGUGAUUGUGUUUCAAUUAUAGUCGUAAUUGAUUUUUUUCAAUAUAAAAUAAGAUGUAUAAUAUCUUUUAUUAUUAUAUAUACAAAGUGUUUGACAACAAGUGAGAAAAAAUUUAAAGCACGAUUUUAGAUGAUAAAAUAAGACAAAUAUUAAGAAUAACAAAAUUAAGUUCAAUAAAAACUUUAGAUUUGCUUCGUUCUCUAAUUAUAAAUGUUUAAAUAUUAAUGUGCUUUGGGCAUUUUUCAGGAGCAUAUUUAAAUGUUUAAUUACCAACUACUUUACAGGAAUUAUUUUCUCAAAAAUACCAUGUAAAAAUUAAUCAAAAUCUAUGAAAUACAAUUUUAAAUCUUCCUUCAGUAGAACUCAUUCACAUUCAAAGCAGAAAAACAGAAUGCGAAAAAACAGAAUCUAAUGAGAAGUUAGAUUCAGUUGCAUUGGUGGCUCAUUUUCAAGUUGACUUGUUUGAUUCGAUCUUUUGUUUUGCAUGAUUGAUUUAUUAUACAGACCAGGGACCCUGACUGGACUGAAACCAAAACCGAUAACCGAAUCAUAACCGUUAUUUUAGUCAGACCGAAACCGAAAUAUUGUGCAGGCUAAUUUACCGUAACCGUAACCUAAACGAAAAUAUUUUUCUGGUUUUUUUGGUCAGAUUUUUUAAAAUGCUAUUAAAGAUCGUAGGGUUACUUAUUUAUUUUUUUGCUUUUAUUAUGAUAAUUUGAUUAAGAUCAAUGUUAUUUUAUAGAGAAGAACUACCAUUAAUACCAGUAAAAGAACGACAAAUAACGCAAGUUACUGAGAAUGUUGAAGUAAAACAAAAAAAAAAAAGAUUUUGAAAGA